UGGCCUUUUUAUGUUAAUUACAUAUGACCAGUAUAAGAAUUGGGAAAACCGGUUUACUAACUAGAUAUAUCAGUCUUCGUAUCUGCAAUCCACUGGGUCUGGAUAGCUAAGAAAGUAGCAAGGGCGGUAGCAUAUAAACUGGUCUGGCUAGUUAGCAGUUAGCUCUGUGUAUUAAGGGGCUGUAAAUAGUGGCUGCAGUUCAGACGGAAGGGAUGACAGGCGGUUUUAAAAUACCUAGAUUGUUGCCUUUGGCUCCAUACGUCGAUUCGUAAAUCGGUUACACAAAUGAUAAAUGGAAAGGCUGCUGUGCUUUUUGUGGAGGCUGAGUGGUUUGCUAGGCUUAUCAUUCAAAUCUGAUGGAUAUGAACACUAAACUGGUCGGUAAUAUGGCCAUGCUGCCGCUGAAAACACAGUUUAAGGGUCCCGCUCCCAAAGAGACAAAAGACUCCGACAUCAUUGAUGAAGCUAUCUACUACUUUAAAGCCAACGUCUUUUUCAAGAACUACGAAAUCAAGAACGAGGCAGACAGAACAUUGAUCUAUGUGACACUAUACAUCUCAGAAUGUCUCAAGAAACUACAGAAGUGCAGCACAAAGAACCAGGGAGAAAAGGAGAUGUACACUCUAGGCAUCACCAACUUUCCCAUCCCCGGGGAGCCGGGGUUCCCCCUUAACGCCAUGUACGCCAGGCCUGUCGACAAGCAGGAAGAGGAAACCAUGAGGGCGUACUUGCAGCAGGUCCGACAAGAGACUGGCCUCAGGCUGUGCGACAAGGUUUUUGACCCCGAGACAGACAAACCCAGCAAGUGGUGGCUUUGCUUUGUGAAGAAACAGUUCAUGAACAAAAGCCUGUCGGCACCAGGACAGUAGGCAGCGUCGCGGCGCGUCGUCUUCAAACACGUUCAGGGUUUUUAUACAGUUUAUGGGUGUCAGAAUACUAAGCCUUCAGCCGUGGAAGGUCUAUUUAUCGUGUCAAGUAUGUGCUUAAUAAACGGCCAGCAACGUUAACUUUUCAAA